AUGAAAAUACCACCAAAAUUAUCAGGUGAUUUAGAAUGGUUGGCAAAAAAUCUAGAUUAUGCUAAGAAUAAAAUCAAUGAUUUCAACCCAAUUAUUGAAAUUUUCACACAUGCGUCAUUGACUGGCUGGGGAGUUUUCUGUAACGAAAAGCGAGCCCACGGUCAUUGGAGCAAAGAGGAAAAACAGAUACAUAUUAAUUAUUUAGAAUUGCAAGCAGUCUCGUUUGGUUUAAAGUGUUUUGCAAUAAAUUUACGCGAUUGUGAUGUUUUGCUCAGAGCAGACAAUACGUCAGCUAUUGCGUAUUUGAACAAAAGAGGUGGAGUUCGGUCACCUAAGCUAGCGAAGAUAGCAAAAGACAUUUGGAGAUGGUGUGAAGCUAGGAACAUAUGGACUUUCGCCAAUUACAUAUGCUCAAAUGAGAACCUAGAGGCAGCCUUUGAAUCACGACAACUAGAGCCAGGAACAGAAUACGCGUUAUCAGAAAAGGCAUUUCAGAUAAUUGUCUUGAGAUUUGGGAAACCAGAGGUGGAUCUUUUUGCGUCUAGAACCAAUGAAAAAUGCAGAAAAUACCUUUCAUGGGAAAGCGAUCCAGGGGCAAUGGAGAUUGAUGCAUUCACCAUUAGUUGGAAUGAGUACUUCUUUUACGCGGAAGCAACACCCAUUGUGGCAGAAGAUUACCCUGGCUGCAGGAAUUACAUCCGGCAGGCAUACAGCCUAAAGAAGGUCCCCGUAGAGUCAGCAGACGUCAUGAUCUCCUCAUUGACUGAGUCAACGAUUAAGUAUUAUAAUACAGAAUUAAAGAAAUGGUGGCAGUUUUGUAGCGAGACGCGAGUUAAUCCUUAUGAGACUUCAGUUACUUUAUUGUUAGAAUGUCUCACAAAACUGUAUAAAAAAGGGCCGUCAUAUGGGACCCUAAAUUGUCGCAGAUCCGCGGUAACACUGUUAGACGAAUCGGAUGUAGGUAGUGAUCAAAAAAUUAAAAGGUUUCUGAAAGGAGUUUCGAACGAGAGACCACCUAAGCCAAGAUAUGACGAAACUUGGGACCCAAAGAUUGUUUUAGAUUUUAUUCAAAAGUUAGGAUCAAAUACUGAUCUCACGUUAAAAAGUUUAUCCAAAAAAUUAGUCACGCUAUUAGCUUUGGUAACCGGGCACAGAAUACAGACUCUGACCUUUAUUGAUAUCCGUAAUUUUUCAAAGGAAAAUAAUAUUUACGAAAUUAAAAUUCCACAAAUGAUAAAAACAUCGAGGUUUGAUCGCCAAAAACCACAACCGAUCCUGAUAAUACCCUUUUUUGAAGGAAAUCCUAUGCUUUGUCUAGCAGUAGCCUUGGAAGCAUACUUGCAAAAGACAAAGCCCACUCCUAUCAACGAACAUAAGUUGUUUGUUUCGUAUAAAAAACCACAUGUAGCGGUAGGCAUUCAAACCCUCAGUAGAUAG